GGGCAGAGGUCGCUUUUCCUGCUCGACGUAUAUAUGGCCGUGCUGGUCUGGCUCACUGGCGCCCAGAGUUGCAUUUCAUCCUACACGUGCCUUUAUAUUUUUGGAACUUUGGGUGCGCGCGGUCACUUGCCGCGACUAGCCACAUCUUAGCGCAUUGAGCUAGUCAAGCCUUUUGUUUUGGUUCCUGUUCCAUCCACAGCGGCAAACACACAUACCCCACCAUCCAUACAUCAUAUCCUGCUCGCUCUCGCGACGUCCGCCACUCCUUUCAGACUUGUCGCAAACUUGGUCGAGGCAGCCUAUUCAUUUGCAUCUUCGCGCGACUCGUCGGUGUUUCGUUCCAUUCCUCAGCAGUCAUGACGCAAGAGAACGGCUCAAGAGAUCCCGGCCUUGUGCCGAUGCCUCAGGUCGAGGGUCACUGGACCGUCGAGAAGGUUCUCGACGCUCUCGAACCUGGCGCGGCACCCGCACAGGGUUCUUCCUCGCCCCUCCCAUUCAUCCACAUUCUCGAGCGCCUCAAGACGACGAAACGUGAGGGUUGGCGGCGGUUUGGUAUCGACAGAGGCGAGUCUAUUGCCGACCACAUGUAUCGCAUGUCUCUCAUGACGUUCCUGUGCCCGCCGGCGCUCGCGCCCAAGCUCGACCUCAACAAGUGCAUGAAGAUGUGCCUCGUGCACGACAUGGCGGAGGCGCUGGUCGGCGACAUCACGCCCGUCGACGGCGUCCCGAAGCCCGAGAAGAACCGCCGCGAGGCCGAGACGAUGGACUACAUCUGCACGGGCCUGCUGGGCAAGCUGCACGGCGGGCUCGCGGGCGCCGAGAUCCGCGCCAUCUGGCAGGAGUACGAGGACUCCAAGACCAUCGACAGCCACUUUGUGCACGACCUCGACAAGAUGGAGCUGCUGUGCCAGAUGGUCGAGUACGAGAAGCGGGGCGGGGACCGGAGCCUCGAUCUCGGCGAGUUUGCGUACGUCGCGACAAAGAUGGCCCUGCCAGAGACCAGGGAGUGGGCGCAGGAGAUCCUCAAGGAGAGAGACGACUUUUGGGCGGGCAAGAAGCAUGUUCAAGGCCAGGACGGCCUUGAUGGCGGCGUCAAGGAGGUUCACUUGACACAGCAGGAGGCGUACUACAACCGGGAGCAGUAGAAGUGUGAGCGACGGGAAUGCUGACCCUCCAUACGGGGCAUCAAGUAGAGUAUCGCCAUGGAAGGAAGCUUGGCAGACAUGCAAGCCGUGGAGAGAUGGGCGCGUUGAAGUGUAAAGGACUGUUUGCACUGGGCGCGGAUAGACACAAGGCGCCACGGAUAAGGACCCGCAUUGCUUUACGAAUUAAUGACUAGCUAGAUGUGUUAAUCAAAAAGACCAAAGCAUAAUUACAACCAGAUCACCUCUACCGUCAUGAUACGCAAAUCUCCCAAGGGCCGCCUUCUAGAAAGCAUGCGCUG